UCAUCCCACAAGGGGUCCGCGCAAAAGGAGCCAACGAGCGCUGUCGUUUGGGCCCUUCCAGAGAAGCUACCUUGGCACACUCUGUCCGAUUCUUUGAUCGCACCCCGGCCUCUCCUCCGGCGAUCUCUGGCGAGCUUUGAUUCUCGGUUCACCAAAGGUGUGAAAUUCAGGUUUUCUGGGUUGUGGAUUGUCCGCGCAGGGAAGAUGAGUGAGGUGUUUGAGAGGUACGAACGCCAGUACUGCGAGCUAUCGGCGAAUCUGUCGAAGAAGUGCACCGCGGCUGGUGCUCUCGAUGGAGAACAAAAGAAGCAAAAGAUCUCUGAGGUGAAAGCUGGAAUUGAUGAAGCAGAAUCAUUGAUACGAAAAAUGGACCUCGAGGCGAGAAGUUUACAGCCAAAUGUGAAAGCAGUGCUUCUUGUUAAGCUAAGAGAGUACAAAUCGGACCUUAACAACCUAAAGACUGAGGUUAAAAGACUCUCGUCUGGUGGCAACUAUUUGUCGGCCCGAGAUGAUUUGCUGGAGUCAGGGAUGGCUGAUACUCUGACGGCGUCAGCUGAUCAAAGAUCCAGGUUAAUGACGACGACUGAGACACUAAACCAGUCUGGCAAUAGGAUAAAGGAAAGUAAAAGGACGAUGUUGGAGACAGAAGAGCUCGGCGUGUCAAUUCUUCAAGAUUUACAUCAACAGAGACAGUCACUACUGCACGCCAAUAACACGCUUCAUGGAGUGGAUGACAACGUUGGGAAGAGCAAGAAAAUUUUGACUUCGAUCUCGAGGAGAAUGAACCGGAACAAAUGGAUUAUUGGCUCGAUAAUCGCCGUCGUUAUUGUUGCCAUAAUACUGAUAUUGUACUUCAAGCUCAAGUAGCGGAUACCUUGGUUCGUUCUCAUUCCCAGGAUUACUUUGAGGUGCAUCGGGUCGACCCCUUAGAUUUUUCUGCCUCAGAUGUAGUAUUCAUUGGCUCAUUUUCUCUUUGUUCUGGUGUGGUGAGGGUGAUGAUGUGAAGAGACCUGAAUUUGUUGUCUUAUCUAAUCGUGUGAAUCUUUAUUAUAAAUGAGAAUACAUUGGUCGGUUGCGAAAAGAA